AGCACACACGCGGAAAACAACCUAAUGAAGCUGUUCAGUGUCCUAAGUCUGUUUCAGAUCCUGACCUUGAUGACUGCCCUCUGAGACCUGCAGCCCCCCCUACAAGAUCCACCUGGUGAAAGUUCCCCGACAGCAGCCACUGGCUCAGGGCCUGCUGGAUCACCAAUAGCACUUCUUACCCACAACAGAUCAAAGCAAGGUGGCCAAGAGAAGUAUAACUGGCCAGCCGUAAAUGUCCAUGCCAGAGUAGCCAACCCGCAAGCAGAAGAGAACGGAGAUGUUAAUGCUUUUGUUGCAGCGCUGGCAACUGCCUGUAGGGAGGAUUCCCAGUGCAAAUGGACAUGACCAAAAUAGCAAUGUGUAGACAACAAGUUGAUGAGACCGUGUCCCAGUACCUUACGUGCCUCACUGAAGUCCAUAAUGCUGUAUGAGGCACACUUGAGGAACAGCUUCAUCAAUGGAAUGAAGGAUGAAAUGGCGAAAAAGGUAAAAGAUACAUUUAUUACCUGGGACACAGGAAAGCUGAAUUUGAUAGAACAACAUGCGAUCCUUGCUGAAAACUUACUUACCCAAGAGAAGUAUAAGCGGAAACUAAAGAUAGAACAGCAUGCACAAAGCUCAGCUUACUAUGAUGCAAAUGGUCACCCAGCAGUUGGAGGGAGGUGCAGGUCGCGGAAGAGGCGCGGGCAGAGGUAGAUCCGGCAAGUGCUUUGUUUGCGGAGCAAUAGACCACUGAGCGAGACAGUGCCUGCAUAGAAAACCUCAAUCGGCCCUAGAGGCUGGACAGCAGGGUGAUUGACUGGGGAAGGCUGAGGUGGAGGUGGGCAGCCCACAAGCUACAGGUAAGCCUUUUUCCUUUAUGCUUGGCAACGAAGACUCGCUUAUGCUAAUCUCUUCUACUAACCGUAUGGACACGGAGACAUGUCACACCGCUACACUGAGCGCUGAGAUUGUGAAGUGUGGACAGUAUGUCCAAUAUCACAAUGAGGUGUAUAAGUCAAUGCCCCACCUCUAUGUUAUAUGUGGAAGGUACAUCAGUUACCUUUUUGGUAGAUACAGGGGCAACAUAUUCAGUCCUUAAAUUAAGCCAGUUUAGACAAUCGACACAAAUAAAGAUAAGUGAAAGGUUCCUGAACACAAUGGGUGCAUCAGGAGUCGUGGUGGGGCAGAGAUUUUCCAUACCCCUAUUGUGCAAAACUACUAAACGGGGAAACAUUCCAAUUCUCCUUCUUGUUAGCGGAAUUUUGUCCUUUAAAUCUGAUGGCUAGGGAUCUCAGUGAGACUGGGGCUGGACUUGCUCAGUAUUCCAACGGGCUUGCAGUUAAUUCAAAGGGAAGAUUUACCAGUGCAGACUGUAAAAUAUGACCCAUGACCCCCGAUGCAUGUCUAUGAGUGGCGAUUAGGCCAGAGAGCGAUAAGUGCAGUUAACGAUUCACUCACCCUGGAAGCAAGCAACCAUGUUAAUCCUAUUAACAUCAAUUUUCUUGCUGGAGAUAUGUUGCACUGCACAGUGCACAUAUAUGGUUUGUCAGGGCCGUCACGGUGUGUGAAGGAUUGGUUAAACCAGAUCAGUUGUUAUUGUGCGAAUUUUAUUGGAGUGAUCACAGAUGUGCAGUCAGUGUGAACUUAUCUAAAGGUAUCUGUAACAGCAAACAUUCUAUAUUUUUGAUGUGGAAGGCUCCGCUCCUCACGUGUAAGUGGCAAAGGCGACUGGUGACAGGUGGCAGGAUUUAGGACCAAAGGCACAAAGAACGAAAGGUUGGGUCUUCAGGGACGAUGUGGGUGUCUGGUUCAAUGCAGAUAUGCGAACAUAUAAAAAGAAACUAAAUUGGCUAACUCAGGCAAAUAGGACAGUCCAGGUGAUCCCCGCGAGCCCUGAAAAGCCUAGGGGGAUAGCCUGGCGUUUCCCAAAGAUAGAAGUCUCAGACCCAAGAUUAGAAAUGGUCCCUACUGAAUUGUGGGCAAAGGGCAAACAUGAUGUGGGGCUCAUACGGGGCUCGAGCCCAUAAGGAUAACCCCGAAGUCUGAGUAUCGACCUUGUAGAGCACAAUACCCGUUAAAACCAGUGGCUAUAAAAGGAAUUACUCCAGUCUUUGAAUCCCUCCUAAAGGCUGGAGUGAUAAUCCCCUGUGAAAACUCAACAGUGAGAACCCCCAUAUUUCCUGUCAAAAGGCAAACAUUCGCGGUGAACCGGAGGAAUGGAGAUUUAUCCAAAGACCCGCAGGCAGUCAAUAGCGCUGUUGUCCCGUGCGCCCCAAAUGUUCCUAACUCCUAUACUAUAUCCAAACAAGGGAAAGCUAUUGGUCAAGACAGAGUUCAAGCAAUCCAGCAAAUUCCAAAGCCUCACAUGAAUAAACAAUUAUUAUCCUUUUUGGGCAUAUGCUCCUACUGUAGAAUGUUUAUUCCACUUUAUACAACACUUGAGGCGCCCCUAAGUGACAUAGCCCAUGGCAAAGGUUUACAGAACCAGAGUCCGUUGCAGUGGACCGCAGAGACAGAGUGCCUUUGUUGAAUUAAAAAAGGCGCUCCAACCUACACCUAUGCUGGGGAUUCCGAAUGCAAACAAGCCUUUUGUACAAAAGGUAGAUGAGAAGCGUGGCUGCAUGACAUCUGUGCUAUUGCAGGAUCAUGGGGAAAGAUGGAGGCCAGUAUUUUUCAGCUAAACUAGACCCUGUAGCGACAGGAUUGCCUAAAUGCCUGCGCGCCAUGGCUGCAGCUGAAAAGGCUGUUGUAGCGUCCAGGGAUAUAGUUGGCUACGGUGAAUUAACCCUACUGGUCCCACGUGUGCGGUCCUUACUGCUGUCCAAGCAAAGGACCGCACACAUGUCAGCAGCAUGUUGGGUCAGAUAUAAUACUGUGUUAUUGGAGAUGCCUAACAUUACAAUAAAGCGAUGCAACGUCCUUAACCCUGCCAGCCUUCUCCCCACAGAAGGAGACGGAGACCCACAUGAUUGUGUCGCUGUAAAUAAUGAAAUUUGUAGCCCCAGACCAGAUUUGCAAGAUUCACCACUUCAGAAUCCAGAUAUGGAGUUUUUGUGGACGGGUCAGCAUUCAGGAGCAAGGAGAGGCCAGAGUUGUGUUGGGUAUGCUGUCGUGACUAUCUAUGAGAUAACCAAAGCGGGAUCACUCCCUUCUCAUCUAGCAGUGCAAGCAGCAGAGCUGAUUGGCUGAGGGAAAGACAGUGAAUAUUGACAACGAAAGCAGAUAUGCAUUCUGGGUCGUACAUGGUUUUGGAACCCUAUGGAAACACAGGGGCUUCUUGACCCCCACCGGAAAGCCCAUCACACACCGUGGCCUGAUUUCUGACCUCCUGGAAGCGGUCCUGUUGCCUAAGUCAAUCGCUAAUCAAGUGAAAGCAGCACUACCCCAACCAGCAGGAGGGAAGCUGCACGAUCUAGAGCCGGGAGACUGGAUAGUGGUGAAAGACUUCAGGAGGCAAAACUAGAAGGCGAAGAGGCGACUUGGACCGUUUCAAGUGCUCCUUGCAACACAGACAGCAGGAAGAGCCACGUGCAUACACGCCAGCCAUUGGAAGCAUGUAGCUGAGCCUGAGGAGACAUCGGACAGCACCGGAGCCAGUGCUAGAAACAAGGGGGAUUAACUAUUUUAAGACGACUAAUCUGGAAAAUUUUUGGAACAGAAUUAUCGAGGUCGGUUGAAAACAAAGCAGUUUUGAUAAUAAAACUGCACAAUAGCGUUAUAAAAACUUAACUCAGCGUGACCGUGAAUUGACAAACCUUGAAGUUUAAAUAAAAUAUAACAGAUUGCAAAUGGCGAUACACGACAUCAGAAUUCGCCCGAGAAAAACAAAAGAAAGCAACGCCCUAGGAUAUUGCAGGAAGACUACUGUUUGCCAUUAACAUCCAAGAAGUAAAGAUUACAUAUUAACACAACAGUCUGACUAACAAUCAGCAUGACGUGGUCCUGUUGGACAAGCAUCUCAAGACUGUAUGUCAUGUCUUCUUGUCAUACCUGUGCACGAAGACUACAACAGUCUGGCUCACAAAGACUGUAUUCAGUAUUUAAUCGAUAUACUUCUCGGAAACCAAGUUAUCUGACUUUGCAACAGCCAAUGCAAGGCAUCAAGAACCAAAAUCCCUUUACUCGGAGCCAGGAGGAAGCAUGGAGGAAGAAGAAUAAAACUGUGCUCACAUAUAUAGCGGCAACAGCAAUUGGAAUGAUUGGCAUGUCGUAUGCAGCUGUACCUCUCUACAGACUUUAUUGUCAGGCUACAGGACUAGGAGGGACUGCAGUAGCUGGUCACAAUGUGGAUCAAGUAGAAACCAUGGAACCUGUGAAGGAUCGAAUCAUUAAAGUCACUUUCAAUGCAGAUGUCCAUGCCAGUCUGCAAUGGAAUUUUAGACCUCAGCAAACUGAAAUCUAUGUUGUUCCUGGAGAAACAGCUUUGGCAUUCUAUAAAGCGAAAAAUCCUACUGACAUACCAGUCAUUGGUAUUUCUACUUACAAUGUUGUACCGUUCGAUGCAGGACAGUAUUUCAAUAAAAUACAGUGUUUCUGUUUUGAAGAGCAACGACUGAAUCCCCAUGAAGAAGUGGAUAUGCCAGUUUUUUUUUAUAUUGACCCUGAAUUUGCAGAAGAUCCAGGAAUGGCACGAGUAGACACAAUCACACUCUCUUACACAUUCUUUGAGGCAAAAGAUGGUCAGAAUCUACCUCUACCUGGAUAUAAUUAACUAAAAAGUGCUUUGAAUUUAGAGUGUUAUGCUGAUUUACAGUGUAUCAGAUGGUUGCACCAGUAAUACUCAAUGUUGUGAUUCCAAAAGAAGUGAUUCAGGCAAAAUAACAAUGUAAUAACAAACAAUAAUUUCAUAGGCAUACAAGACAACAUGAAUAGAAAUCGAAAUGAAGAAUCAAAGAAUAAAGACUUUGGAAAGUGCAUAACCAAGUUUGAAAUUCAAAGGAAUUUCAAAAUGUUUUCCAAGAUUGCAACAAUCUAUCAUGCAAACAUCUUGGUAGGAAGUUGGGAGGUUGAAUCUUUCUCUCUCUCUCUCCAAAGGUCUUGCCAGCCCUGCUAAUUUUCUCCAACAUUUUCUGUUUUUAUUUCGGAUCUGCAGCAACCAUACUACUUUGCUUUCAUAUGGUUAGGACCUUUGAUAUAGCUUUUCAUUCAUGCACUAACAGUUAUAAUUUCAAUUAGAAAGUAUUGAAAAUGUUCUGUUUUUCCCAAUUCCUCAAUGUAAUAAUAAAGAAGGUUUGUGGACUGGA